AACCUCAGGACCAACGAUUUUCAGGUUAUAAUUACGAGAAAGUUUUCAGUGCUCAAUGUUAAUUUUGUGAUGCUUGGUGCAUCGUAAGUGUUUAUGAGUGUUGUGUACGCCGGUCGAUGCGUAUAAGUAGGCGUCGUACUCUUGAGGCUAUAACAAUUCAUUGAUUUCAUCAUCAUAAAGUGCAUGAUAACAUAGAGGCAGCUAAAGGCUGCCAUGCUCUGGUGUGGUUGCAUCGAAAGGAUCGCACAGGUGAGUGGGCGUGGCGAAGACCUGUACAAGACUGAGGCUCAAGAGACGUCCCGCGCGCGGCGACAUCGAGCGACCAAGGAGUUCCUGGAGCGCGCCAACUGCUUGCGGGUGAACGGCAGCGACUGCAGCAGCUCGAGUGGUCCGCUGACAUGGAACACGGCCGUCAAGUUCCUCAUGGCGCGCAAGUUUGACGUUCAGAGAGCGCUGCAGUUGUACCAGCAACACGAGAUCACACGGCGGAAAGAAGGUCUAUGUAAUUUCGACAUCACCGUCGAGCCGCUCCGAUCUGAACUCGCCACCGGCAAAUUUACCAUCCUUCGGUGUCGGGACGUGUCCACCGGGGCGGCUAUCGCGCUGUUCUCAGCUCGCAAACACGACCCCCGCGUCAGCACCCACCAGACGACGCUGCAAGCGCUGGUGUGUCAGCUCGACGCUGCCCUCCAGUCCUCGGAUACUCAGCGUCACGGGCUCAUAUUCAUCUAUGAUAUGACCGACUCCCUCUACAAUAACUUCGACUAUCAGCUCUCACAAAAAAUACUCACCCUACUCAAGGGCGCCUACCCCGCUCGCCUCAAGAAGGUUCUGAUCGUGACGGCGCCGCUGUGGUUCAAGGCUCCCUUCAAGGUUCUGAGACUCUUCGUCAGAGAGAAGCUUAGGGACAGAGUUUACACGGUCACGCUUAGUGAGCUGGCGGAACACAUACCUAAAAAGUGUUUGCCCAUUAACCUGGGCGGUGAGAUGAUCAUCGACCACGAGACCUGGCUCUCCAAGUGCAUCCCCGCCCUCACUGCCGCUUCUGAGACUUGCAACGACUUGGGAAACCACGCGGUGCUGGCACAAAAAGACAUGGAGCCUCCAUUGGAGUCUUUUGGAGACCAACAAGACGAGCAGAAGGAGGCAGGGUCUCCCAAGAACUCCGAGCGCCGUGUCACAUCAUCUGCUCAUGAUCUCGUCAACGGCGGAGAUGCUACAAGUCCUGAAUUUUCUGAAGACGAGGAUUCUUCCAACGACGACUCUGAGUCAGAGCAGGAGCUACACGAUGCUGAGGAUGACCUCCAGACGCUGGACCACAGAGGCAGCGUUGGCUCCUCAGCCACAGCCUCUUCCUCUACUACCCUCGCUGCUGAGCCUAGUGUGAGCUUAGAAGGCGUAGACACCACAGAAGACUCUGUCACCACUGCACAGAAGAGAGACGAAAACGCUGUAGUGAACGGUCUCAACGGCCACGUUCAGACUUCACCGGAGUCGCGUGGCUCUCCGUGCGCAGUGGAGCUGGCGUCGCUAGAGCCCUCCCUGCACACGGCUGACUGCUCGGGCUUCACGUUGGAUCAGUUCGUGGAGCACCUCAAGCACAAGGCGAGACUCGGCCUUCACACCGACUACAUGCAGAUUAAGAACACGCCGCCUCCCGGAACAUUCGAUAAUAGCAGACGGCGCUGCAAUCAAUUGAAGAACAGGUACACAGAUGUGCUGUGUUUGGACCACAGUCGGGUCAUUCUCAGUGACACAUCUGAAGAGAAACACAACGACUACAUUAAUGCCAACUUCGUUGAUGGCUACAAACAGAAGAAUGCUUUUAUUUCUACUCAAGGACCUUUACCUCACACUUCACCCGACUUCUGGCGCAUGAUUUGGGAGCAAUGUGUCGUGGUCGUGGUGAUGACCACGCGGGUCGUGGAGCGAGGACGCACAAAAUGCGGCCAGUAUUGGCCUGAAAUCGUGGGUAACACGAUGCGCUUCCCUGCCUGCACGGUCACCAACAUCGAAGUGCAUCACGAUAGCGACUACAUCACAACUACCCUCAGAAUUACAGACCUCAAGAGCGGCGAGUCUCGGCUUAUCUCGCACUUCCAGUUCUCAUCGUGGCCAGACUACGGAGUGCCCGAGUCUGCGGUGGCGAUGCUCGACUUCUUGGUGCGCGUGCGGGAGGCUCAAGCGUCCAGGACUGAAGAACUUGGACCCAUUUGGAGGGGCCACGAACUCGGCCCACCCAUCGUUGUUCAUUGCUCUGCUGGCAUCGGCAGGACCGGUACUUUUUGUACGUUGGACAUCUGCAUCCGCCGCCUUGAAGACACAGGCGUGAUCGAUGUUCGUGGCACGGUUGAAAAGAUCAGAUCACAGCGCGCGUACAGCAUCCAGAUGCCUGAUCAAUACGUCUUCUGCCACCUUGCGUUACUGGAGUACGCCUUACUCACCGGCAAGAUGCCUGACGCUGACCUCACCGGCUUCGAAGGAGAUGCUUCAGACUCGGAUUAGCUAUGGCUGCCGGGGGCUUACGUCCAUAAUUAUUUCUGAGUCCCUCCCUUUCUUCCCGUGUGAUGACCGUCAUUUACCAAGACAAGGAAUCUUUAGAGAGAGAACCUUUACUCCUACGUAUGACACUUGGUCUUCCUCAUGAUGACGCACAUACAGGAUAUUAGAGUUAGGUUUCAAAACUACUCUCUUUUCAUAGUUACACUAAUUUUAGUUGGUGUCUGUCUCACAAGCAACACAUAGUAGGCUUUAGAAUUACUAGGAACAAGUGAAAGACUUUAAAUUCGUGCUGUCCGCACGUCGAGCACACACUUGAACCAUGUGUAUUUCCAUCACAAGAUUUAAGUCACAAACUAGCGUUGAUUUAUUGGCCACACUACAAAGUUUUGAUCAGUUGAAUAUUUCAUGCGUAUAAAGAAGUUAUUAAUUAAGCUGCAUUGCGCGUAUUUCUGCAGGAAAGUUCUUUUUGUGACUGAAUAGUGUAUUUUUGCAGGGUUUGAAAAAAGUGUUUCGUUGUUGUAUUUAGAUCUUGUUGUAUCUAAUUGUAUUAUCAACUUUAUUGUAUUGCCUUGAGCAUGCGUGUGUGGUUCUGCGAGUUUAUGUUCCAAUUUAUAUAAUAACAAUGCAUUUUCUGGUAUUGACGUUUAAUUUAUUUUAUUGCAAUGAGAAUGUGUUAAAGUAGAUUCUUAUAGAAUGUGUUACUCGAACGCUGAAGUAGACCCCAAUAUUGAAUCGGAUAUUAUGAACUGAAAAAUACUCGAUACCACAUGGCAUUGGAAAGAAAAAGACGAGUGGUGUGUUGAGAAAUUUUGGCCAAGUUCAUAUCCCCCGUGAAGUUAUAUCUCAAGUCGAGGUCUCUUACAGCUUCACAAUAGUAUUGAAUAUGUUAAAUAUCUUCCAAGUAACUCGAUGUUCAGACGGACAAUAAGGUUGACUAGGGUCAAGCCGACGUAUAUCCCUCUAAUUAUAGCGUGUGCAUUUAGAGGCCUUUUUGUGUCGUGUCAUUAAAUCUUAUGCCUCGAACCGCUUGUAUAUAAAGAUAUAUAUAUAUAGUUUUAGCCUCAUAAAGCUUUCGUAUUGUGUAUUUUACUAUAGUAGAUAUUUCUUGAAUGAAACUGUGUGCGUCGAUGUAAAUAAUGUGUUCUUAUAAUGUUCAAACUUAGCUAUAUCCUCCGAGAAAGUAUUAUGAUCGUGCUGUAGUUGCCUGAUAAAAGCAACUUGCGGGGCAAAUACUGCUUCGUAUUGUUGGAUUUAAUCAGGAUUUUGAGUGUAUGUUUAGGCGAGGUAUUGCUUCACAAAUAUUCCUCCUAAAUACUAUCCUUACAUCCUCCAUGCGACGACAUUGGAGGGAAAUUAUAAACAAGACAUGGCAAUAUUUUCGUCAUUACUAUAUUUAUGCGCAAUAAUGAUUAGGUGUUAAAUGCGGUUGCUUGGAGUAGGUCAGAGUAAUACUUUCAACAUAGUGUCGAACCUUUCAACUUUACAACUGCAAUCUUUUCUUUCGACUUGACUUUGGCAUGACCUGAAAAUUUGUCAUCAGUUAAACCGACACUAUAUUUAAUGUGAAAGGGAAUGGAAUCUGAAAUAAUUUACAUGACCUAUUUAAUGAUUGUUGUUAUUUUAAUAGCUUACAAAUAGGGCCUCAAGCUAAUUGCAAUUUAUUUGCGCUCUUCACGUUGAUAGCAGAGUGAGCACUGCAGUUUUCGCAAUCUACCCAUCGAUCAUUUCAAUUUAUAGCCAGUCAAUGUCCUUGUAUAUUGAACGUGCCUUGAUAACUUUCAGUCUAUCAAAAAUACCUCUCAUCACGCCGUAAUUCAGUUUUGUUGGGUAGUGGGGAAGUGAUGUCAUAAUGCAAACCAGUUUCUUCGUCUAAAAUCUGUUUUGAAAUGUAUUGAAAUUUUUCGAAAUCCUUCCGGUCUAAAGUGUCGGCAAGUAUGUAACGAUUAGACCUUUAGAAAUUGUGUCGCGCCUUACAGUCUCCCGUCCGAUGCAUGGCGCAGUCGCAAGAUUUCUUGUUCAUAAUAAGUAGAAAAGAAAUAUUUAUUUCAUACUUAACUAUUAACCAGUUAGAACGAAUCUCCUGUUAUCCUACUCAGGCCCCGGGAAAAUUUGCUGAACAUAUCAUAUUGUACUGGAAUCGUGAAAGAUGAAAUUUUCCCGAUUGUUACAUUGACAUUUUAAGAUCGGUUGUGCUCUGCUCUUCUCACACCUUUUUUUUGUCUCUCGCCUUCUUCAGUUCAGCCUUACACUGCACACUAUUCUGAAGUUUAAUUUUCUCUAUCAAGAAUUUCGCGUGGAAAUGUGCCGGUUUAAAUCAUGAGUCAGGUAAAAAAUAUACUUUAGUGUGGGAAAUAUGGAUGUAAGGAUGGCUUCAAACUCCUAUGGAAGUCAACGUAUUCACCUUAUUAAUUCUAUUAAAUAUGGUGGUUUAUUUCUUGGUCGUAAAUUCCGUCUUCAAACAACCAAUAAGAAUAUGUGCAGUAAUUUUAAGGAAAAUUCUUGUACAGUUUACUAUCGUAUUUAUAGAACCUUGGAAUUCUGAUAGAACCAUGAAAGCCUUACAGCAUAAGCGUUUUCAGCUGUAGCUGCCUGCUGUAUGACGCACGUUUCACCACAUACUAUCUUGUUUGAACGAUACCUGCGACAGAAUACCUUCGGAUAUUAGCUUAAUAUAAGGAACAUCGUAUUUUUGCAGUACCUCGUAGCGAAAAAUCAAAUGUAAACUAGGCCAUAUUGAGGUUUUGGGUUCAGGUCAUGAUUGGAAACUAAUUAAAACUGUUAUUCUCCUUUCCGUAUAAAUAAUUUGGAAGAGCAAUAAAAUGUAUUUCUCCGGUAAUCAUGACCGCAAACCGAAUUUGUAAUAUUGAUAAAAUAGUUGCAACUUUACUAAUUCAGCUUUCAGUUUGGAUUUGGCAAUUUGAACAGUGAAGGAAAUAAGAACAGGUGAGCUUUCUGGAAAUGACCUCCCCGAAUUUAUCACUGAUAAUAUCGACGAUCCUAAUUAUAAUCAUGGAGCUAAUCAAACAUACAAAGCCAACUGAAUCUUUAUUCAUUCCAUGGGCCUAUUUCUUCAACGCCGACACUUCUAUUCUAUUCUAAAUCUUGGGGUCUGACCUUCCUGAAGUAUCAAGUCUUCUAUAGUAACACGUGACUAAACACGUGAAGAUCACGUUUAACAACUGUAUUAUAUUACAAUACAAUUAGGACCUUCAGUCCUCACGUUUGGUCAACCUCAUUGUUUUCUUACAAAUAUCAAAAAGGAAUAGGCAUCCAGUACUCAUUUUCGCAUCGUCGCGGAUUCUAUGGUUUUAUGCUAUAACUUUUCAAUUUGAAUGACUCGGUUUCCUUGCCACUGAGACAAAUACAGCACGUUCAGCACUCUACCAAAGAUCGUUCACUCUUCAUUUUGUACAUACUAGUCAUACGUUGCAACAAAUUGUAAUUAAGCUGAAUCUGCCAUUAUACCAUUCUAAUGGAAACAUUAUUUGCAAAAUGUAAAGAAAUAUUCUCUAUCCACGUUACACUUAUUCCUGCAACGAUGGUUUCGAGUAUUAAGAAGCAUAUAAAAUCACAUUUUACUUACAUCACGUAAAUUUAAAGCCUGCCAACCUUCAUCCAUCUUCGUGGUCGUCAUUUUGGACACGGUGCCGUUGUAAUGCUUGCGUCAGCUGCUCGUAAGGUUGUUGCGAUUUUGCAUAAUUGUACCGGCAAUACGACCUGCAACAAUUUGACGUUUUCAUUUAUCACUUUCGAAUUUUCGAAUACGCCUGUGAAAUACAUGCAUUAAAAUACA